GAUAUCUACCGUUAUUGUAUAUAUGGAAUAUCUAUGAUAUGAUUUGAUCGCAAGUGUGUUACUUUUUUCGUGAUCGGAGAAAGGAAAAAUUUACAUACAAAUAUCCGUAUGAUAGAAAGGACGAUAUUUAACGUAAUUAAAUUUAUUAAAUCGCGACAUUCGGAAAGAAAAAAAAAUACUUAUUGUGUAAAACAGAAAUUAAGUUCAUAUAAAAAUCAGUAAAGAUGCAGGAAUCUCAGCCGAAAAAAGGGAAGAAAGCAAGAAGAAAGCGUAAUGAUAGUGACGAGGACAUUGAAAAAGUUCUUGCUGAAUUGGAAUUAGAAUAUUCCGGUCAAAAAGCACAAGUUAAAGAAGUCAAAGAAUCUUCUAAAGACACGUCAGAAAAUAAAGAAGGUGUUAAAGAAUGUGCAGUAACUUCAGAAACUAAAGAUGAACCAGAAGAGAAAAAGAAAAAGACGAAAAAAGAUAAGAAGAAGGAUAAAGGUGAAAACAAGGAAUUAAAGGAAGAUAUUAAAAAUGAUAUUAAUAAUGAACAAGCAAAUGAUGACACAAGUGUUACCGCUGAAGAUGAAAUGGAAGGUGGUACUGUUAAAACGGCAGCACAAAAAAAGAAAGAGAAGAAGGAACGAGAGAAACAGAAGAAGUUGGCUUUAAAAAAAGCGGAGGCUGCUAAGAAGGCUGAAAGUAGUGAAUCAACAAAAAAACCAGCUAAAGAAAAGCAGAAUGAGAAACAAGAAGUAGAAGAAAAAGCAGCCACCGUUGUGGAACCAGAGGAAGAUGUAGCGAAACCCGAAGAAGGAAAGAAGAAAAAGAAGAAAGGUGCUGCUAAAGAUGAACCUAAAGAAAAAGGUAAGGGACCUGGUAAGAAGACCAUUGAAGCAAUGCAAGAGGCCUUGAGAAAAUUAAAGGAAGAAGAGGAAAGAUUAAAACGAGAAGAAGAGGAAAGAAUAAGACAAGAAGAAUUACGCGAGAAAGCAAGACUAGAACAAAUUCAAUUGGAAAAAGAACGAAAGGAAAAGAAAAAAUUAAAAGAAAAGCAGAGGAAAGAAAGAUUGAAAGCGGAAGGAAAACUUUUAACUACGAAACAAAAACAGGAUAGAGCAAGAGCGCAAGCUAUGAUUAACGCUCUCAAAGCUCAAGGUUUAGAUCUACCAGAUGUUGGAGAUAAAAAGCCUAGGGCAGGCGCCAGAAUAAGGCCAAAUAAAAUGAAGCAACAAACCAGCAUUGAGGAGAAAGAUGAAAAAAAAUCUGAAGAUACUGAAACGGACACGGAUCGCGUUCAAGUUGAAAUAAUUGAUCAAACACCGAAAGAUGUGCCUGAGAAAAAGGAAGAGGAGGUCAAAGAUUCUUGGGAUGCUGAAAGUAGUGGUGAGGAACAAGAAGAGGAAGAUAAAUCUGAUGAAGCAUCGAAAACUUCUGAAGAAACAAAGGAAACGAUUUUGUCCAAUGCAGACAAAUCACAUUUGGUAGGAGACUUAGAAAAUAAAGAAUCGUCUGAAAGUGAGUCUGAAAGUGAGAGCGAAAGUGAAUCAGAAUCGGAGGAUGAAAGUGAGGAAGAUAGUGGAUUGGAAGAUAGAGUACCGGAUGCUGCUCGGAAAAAGGAACGUGCGCAGGAACGCAUUAAAAAUCGACGUCUCGAAGCUGAAAAGAAGAAAUCGUUGGAUAAUCUGAGAGCAGCUGUAGUUUGUGUUUUAGGCCAUGUAGAUACUGGCAAAACAAAGAUUCUUGAUAAAUUGAGAAGAACUAACGUACAGGAUGGCGAAGCUGGUGGUAUCACUCAACAGAUUGGUGCAACCAAUGUACCAAUUGAAGCGAUACAAGAAUCAACGAAACAUGUUAAAGGUUUUGCUGAUAAAGUAUUUAAGAUACCCGGACUUUUGAUAAUAGACACACCUGGACACGAAUCUUUCAGUAAUCUUAGAAGUCGAGGAUCCUCUCUUUGCGAUAUCGCAAUUUUAGUUGUUGAUAUAAUGCAUGGUUUGGAACCACAAACUAUCGAAAGUAUUAAUCUAUUAAAAGUUAAGAAAUGUCCGUUUGUUGUAGCUCUUAAUAAGAUUGACAGGCUAUAUGAUUGGCAAACGAUGAAUCGUAAAGAUGUACAAGAUAUUAUAAAAAGUCAAGCUAUCAAUACACAACGAGAAUUUGAGAAACGUUCGAAAGAGGUAAUCGUUCAAUUUGCUGAACAAAGUUUAAAUGCAGCUUUGUUUUAUGAAAAUCCUGAUCCACGCAGUUAUGUAUCUUUAGUCCCUACCAGUGCCAUAACAGGCGAAGGUAUGGGAAAUUUAUUAGCAUUAAUAGUCGAUGCUUCCCAGGGCCCGUUAGCUAAAAGACUUAUGUAUAGCGAAGAACUUCAAGCUACUGUAUUAGAAGUUAAAGCACUACCUGGUUUAGGAACUACGAUAGACUGCAUUCUUGUUAAUGGUAUGUUGAAAGAAGGUGAUACGAUGAUAGUUGCAGGAACUGAUGGACCCAUCGUAACACAAAUAAGAUCACUUCUUAUGCCUCAACCAUUAAAAGAAUUAAGAGUUAAGAAUGCAUAUAUCGAGUAUCGAGAAGUCAAGGCUGCACAAGGUGUUAAAAUAGCAGCAAAAGAUUUAGAAAAAGCUAUUGCUGGAUUGAAUCUUCAAAUCGCUCAAAAGCCGGAUGAAGUUGAUAUCUUGAAAGAAGAAAUAGCCAAGGAACUUAGCAGUGCUCUUGGAAAUAUACGACUUGCUGAACGAGGUGUAUAUGUCCAAGCAUCAACUUUGGGUGCAUUAGAAGCAUUGUUAGAUUUCCUUCGAAGCAGUAAAAUUCCGUAUUCUGGUAUUCGUAUUGGACCGGUUGUGAAGAAGGAUGUGAUGAAGGCCUCGAUUAUGCUCGAACACGACAGCCAAUACGCCACAAUUCUCGCAUUUGAUGUAAAGAUAGAGAGGGACGCUCAAGAACUUGCCGAAUCGUUGGGGGUUAAUAUCUUCCAAGCCGACAUCAUCUACCACCUGUUCGACCAGUUCACCUCCUACAGGAAAGAUCUGAAACAACGCAAGCGAGAUGAGCACAAACACAUCGCUGUAUUUCCUUGUAAAUUACGUGUCCUACCACAGUAUAUCUUCAAUUCAAGAGAUCCCAUAGUGAUGGGUGUUAUGGUUGAAGCUGGCAUCGUCAAGGAAGGAACACCACUCUGUGUCCCAAGUAAAGAUUUCGUCGAGUUAGGUAUUGUUUCAAGUAUAGAAUACAAUCACAAAGCAGUGGAAUCAGCUCGCAAAGGGCAAGAAGUGUGUAUCAAGAUCGAACCGAUACAAGGUGAAGCACCGAAAAUGUUUGGUCGUCAUUUCGAUGAGAAAGAUUUCGUCAUUAGCAAGAUAAGCAGACAAAGUAUAGAUGCCUGUAAGGAUUACUUCAGGGACGAUUUAUUGAAAACCGAUUGGCAAUUAAUGGUGGAAUUAAAGAAACUAUUUCAAAUACUUUAGGAUUCUUUCGCAAUUUGCGCAAAUCCUCGCGCGCCGACACCACCGUACACCGGCUGGCCGAUUCUUAAGGGACGACGAGGCAAUAUUCAAACAUAUUUUUUGCUCGACAAAAAUUACCACGCGAGAACAAUAUAUAUAUAUAUAUAUAUCAUUAUCAUCGUCCUUGAGAAUAUUACAACAAAAAAAAAAAAAAGAAGAAGAAAAAAACAAGAAAAAUAGUUUAUAACAAUAACAAUAAUAAUCGUAAUCGACGGCGCCCAAUGUCCAAGACGACAAUCCUCGAGUUUGUAUUUGGAAAACGUCCCAAAUUGCGAUACCGAAAUUUACUAACUGAACGAUGAUAAAAGAAGAAAAAUACGAGAAAUUACAAAAUAAAGAGAGAGAGAGAGAGAAUAUAUAUAUAUAUUUUUUUUAAUUAAUUUUUCUCUGUUAAUUCGUGUCCUAUAUGUAAAAUUGAAUACUUUGGUCCAAUGAUAAAUCAUCUUCAUCAUAAUCACCAUGAUCAAUCGUCUUCGAAAAUCAACGAAAAUUUUAAUGCUUACAAACGUACGUCCCCCUUUGUUUCCCCUCUCCUCUUUCUCCUUUCUCUCUCUCUCUCUUUCUCCCAUUCGAAAAAAUUGAUGAAUCUGUUAAAAUAUAGAGAUGAAGCAUUGCAAUCAUGAAACAUGAAAAGGAUAAACCGAUCAUACUUGAAGAAAUCGCGUACGCGUUUUCUCUUUACAAGUACACGCGCGUGAGCGUGAGCGUGUGCGCGCGCGUGCACGCAAGCUUUCUUCGUAUCCUCCUAUGAGCAACAAGUUUUGUUGGUAUUACUGUUGCUGUUGCUGCUGUUUGCUGUUAAUAUUGCUGGCUCGAUUCCCCGUUACGAUUCGACACACACACAACACACACUCGAGAGUCGAGUUUCUUGCGAUCGGUGAAUAUAUCGUUACGUGUAGUUGUCUAUUCGCUAAGGGAGAAAGAGAGAGAGAGAGAUAGAUAGAGAAAAAGA